GGCUGCCCCCGUCCAUGGCUUGGCCUCCCCCAGGCAGCAGCAGCUCCGGCUCCCGGGGAGGAGGGGCAGGGGCUGCUGCUCCAUGGGGAGGAAGGGCAGCCCGCGGCCCCCCCAGGCCGAGGAGGGGUGCGGGCCCGCCCGCCCCUCCCUCCUGUGGGCCCUGCCCGAGGAGCUGCUGCUGCUCAUCUGCUCCUACCUGGACGCGCAGGCCCUGGGCCGGCUGGGCCAGGUCUGCCGGCGGCUGCGCGCCUUCUCCGGCCGGGACCUGCUCUGGAGGCGCAUAGCCCGCGGCUGCCUCAACUCCGGCUUCACGCAGCUCGGCGCCGACCUAGCGGCUGGCAUCCCAGUGAAGGAAAGGGUGAAGGUCUCUCAGAACUGGAGGCAUGGGCGCUGCCGGAGGGAAACGCUCCUGAAAUGGAAACGCAACCUGAUGCCCUGGAUGCAUUUAGAUGGCGAGUAUCUCUACCUGUCCCAGGCAGAAGACAUCCGGGCCUACCGGUUUCGUCCAGACAGUACUGGCCUACAACGCCGUCCUCAAGCCAUCUUCUCCGGCCACCAGGAAGAUGUGUGUCGAUUCGUUCUCGCCAGCUCCCACAUAGUCAGUGGAGGAGGUGAUGGAAAUAUCAUCCUCUCUAAAGUCCAUGGCUCCUUCAGCAUAAAGUUCUCUGCGCACGAGCAGGAGGUGAACUGUGUGGAUUGUCAAGGGGGCAUCAUCGUGAGCGGCUCCAGGGAUAGAACAGCAAAGGUUUGGUCCCUGUCCUCUGGCAGAGUUGGGCAUUGUUUACACACGGUGCAGACUGAGGACCGGGUCUGGUCCAUCGCCAUUAGUCCAUUAUUAAGUUCCUUCGUGACUGGGACAGCUUGCUGUGGACACACGUCUCCUCUGAGAACCUGGGACUUAGAGAGUGGGCAGCUGGUGACCUGCUUAGGGACCGAUUUCCACCGAGGAGCCGGAGUCCUGGACAUCGUCUACGAAACACCGUUCACCCUCCUGUCCUGCGGCUACGAUACCUACAUCCGGUCCUGGGACCUGCGCGUGAGCACGAGGAAGUGUGUCAUGGAGUGGGAGGAGCCCCACGACAGUGCCCUGUACUGCGUGAGGAGUGAUGGGAAUCACAUGAUUGCAAGCGGCUCCGCAUAUUACGGCGUGGUGCGGCUCUGGGACAAACGGCAGAGCAGGUGUUUGCAGAGCUUCUCGCUGUCCUCCCCCACCAGCAGCCCCGUGUACUGCCUCUGCUUCAGCACCACCCACCUUUAUGCUGCCCUGGCGUCUGCCCUGCACGCCCUGGACUUCACCGCCCCCUGAUGCCCGGGCCAAGGUCCUUCCCGCACCACAGCUGCCUCUGGCCGCUCCCAGGUUGGCAGGUCUGAUGCUCCGCUCAGGGAUUGCAGGGCGGGAG